UUUGGAGGAGGGAAUUCAAAUGAUGUACAGAAUAUUGGAAACGAUUUUGGAUGCAUUACUAGCAUAUCAUGCACGAAUGACAAUCUUUUUGUGUUGAAUACUGAUGGACAGUUAUUCCAAAUAGACAUUGUUGAUCUAGAGAAGGUAAUUGAGGUGAAAACUGAAGAAUUUUUACAACCUGAGGAUAAAUUCAUUCUAUGUGCAGUUGGAGAUAAGAUAAAAGUAGGACUAACUAGAUUUGGGUAUAUAUAUGAUUUUCCGAACAGGCUGAAUUUUGAUGUGCGUUCCACAGUUGAUAUUAAAGUUGGUGGAGUACAUUGCUUACUAUUAGAUUCACAGGGGAAUGUUUACAGUUUUGGGAAUGGAAGUCGGGGACAAUUGGGACUUGGAACUCUUGAAGAUCAUUCAAAUCCAACUCAAAUAGAAGCUUUAGCUGGUAUUCAAAUUGUAGCGAUUGCCUGUGGUACUUGGCAUUGUGCUGUGAUCAGUAAGGAGGGGGAUGUCUAUACUUGGGGGUGGAACCAAAACGGUCAACUAGGUUUGCCAGUUCAUUCAAUUGAAAAAAAUGAAGGCGUCUCUGUUAUGGCAUCUCCACAUGUAAUUGAUUUUCCUGAUCCAAAUGCGAAUGCUGUCAAAGUUGCUUGUGGCAAGAGACAUACCAUUGUCCUACUAGAUAAUGGGGAAAUAUAUGGAUGUGGAAUGAACAAAUACAAGCAGCUGAAGGAAGAUGAUCAGGAUGUUAUAGAAACGAUGAACAUUUUAGGUGACUUUUCAAGAGAAAAAAUCAAGGAAAUCAAGUGUGGUCCUUGGAAUUCUGUAAUAUGUUGUGAAUAAAAAUGGACUAGCUAUUGA